AAUCAUACACACAUGUCGGGCUCAACGGUGUCCGUAAUACACUGUGUUUCUUGUGAUCUAGUUUCGUAAACAAUCGUUGUUUUAGUUUGUUUCAUGGAUUUCGUGCGUAAAGUGAAGACUUGUGUGCUCAUUGUGUAUUAUUGCAGUCAUUAUUUACUAACAGGAGUCAUUGGACAAGCUGUUAUUACUACCGUGUGCCCGGAGCGUUUUCCACAAGGAGUCGUUAGCACAGUCACCUGCCACAUCGACAGAGCGGCUGUGACAAGCGCUGGCUGUCCAGUCCAGCCAUCCACUGUGGUGUUCGGGUUGUUGAAGUCGGCGGGUGAGUUCGACACCUUGUGUAGUACCAGCUACCCGGGAUCGUGCAGCAGCGCGUCAGACGGCAACUGUGGGUGUGUCAGCAGCGUGGGAGGAACAAACACUUACCAGCUGUUGUUUACAGCAAACGAGAAUGAACACAGAGGGGGAUCCUUGUCAUGCUCCAUCAACUGUGCUUCUGUGCCACCACUUUCUACGAAUGUCACGGCUGGCUGUCAAUCCAUUACUGUUGUGACAACUACCACCACAAAAGAAACAACGGCAACCACAGAAAAAGUUAUAACAACCGUGACUACGACAACCACAGCGAGAACCGCAAACGGCACAACAACUACAACAGAAAUGAAUACAACGACUAUUGUAACAACGACUACAGUACUUCCGGAACCAUUGCAGUUGGAACCUGUUGUUUAAAAUUUAAAUUCUUGUGAUAUGUUUUUUACAGUAAAGCUAUCAAGAAUUAAAACUUUUACAAAAGCUAACAUAAAGCUAAAAAAUAAACAUGAAAAAAGU